AUGGCUGAGACCUGCUCCAACAAACGUGCUUCAGUUGCUAUAGAUCCUGUCAAAGUUGAACUGCGUCCCAAGCCAAGACCACAUCCCAACGAGACCGAUGGAAGGACGACAACAAGUGUACCUAUAUCUCUACUCCAAGUCAGAUCGUCCAUUACUGACAAGUUCCCUUUAGCCAGAAUACAAGCAAUGAAGAAAAUUUCAGUCAUCUUUAGAAAUCCGCUUACGCUUGUCACAGGUAACGAAACGCACUUAACUUUUUCGCAAUUCACUUUGUACUGCCGUUCCCGAGAAGUCGCACACGAUACGACGUCACUCCAUCCACAGAGCAAUGGACAAGCGGAACGCUUUGUGGCACCAUCAAGUGAAGACGCCAAUUAG